AAGGCGUGGAGCUGUCACAUGGGGCCGCGGCUCCCGGUGUCCCACCCGGUGAUGCACCAUUUCCUUCUCCCGUUGUCUUCCCGAGGGUCGCUGGGGAGGGGGUGUGAAGCCGGGAUGAGAAACAGUCCUUAAACUUCACCUGCCGCUCCUGGGAAGCGGCUCCGGGCAGCCCCGGCUACCGGCACCGUUCCUUCCCUUCGGGAGGUGGCUCUGCUCCCAAACCACCCCGCUGUCUAUUUCUUCCUUUGCCGAGUUCAGCGGAGACAUGAAGAUGGAUGUUGGGAUCCUUGAUCUUCCCAGUCUGGCUCCUGAUUAGAGCUGACGGAUAAUGGAAACAUUUCCUUGGCGAUGUCUCUGGGGCGACUCCUCCGACGUGCCUCUUCCAAAGCCUCCGACCUCCUGACCUUGACUCCUGGUGGUGGCAGCAGCUCACCCUCCAUACUUGAUGGGGAGAUCAUCUACUCCAAGAACAAUGUCUGUGUCCACCCACCUGAGCUGCUGCAAGGCAUCGGGGAGCAUCACCCAGGCUACUUGUGCUUGUACAUGGAGAAGGAUGAGCUCCUGGGAACCACGCUGAUCCUUGCCUGGGUGCCCAACUCCCGCAUCCAGCGGCAGGAUGAGGAAGCGCUGCGCUACAUCACCCCCGAGAGCUCCCCUGUGCGCAAAGCCCCCCGCAAGCAUGGCCGCCACGCUCAGGGCUUCGGCACUGUCCGGCAGCCUUCCCCGCCUGAGCAGAGAGGGGCAGUGGUCCUGAGAGGAGAGGACAUUCUGACUGUGUCACAGCUUGUGAAAGACGUGGCUUACAUCAGCUCCCCCUCUUCGGAAGGGGAGAAGCUGCCGCAGUGCUGCCCCGCAGGAGAUGGCACCCACCGGUCCCCCCAGCCUGCGCGCAGUGACUCAGGAAUCCUCUUGACAAUCAGCUCUCAGGAGGAGCAGAACAGGUCGGAGCUGUCAGUGGAGGGGACAGAGGAAGGCCUGGACUGCAGGCCAGAGCCAGGGGAGGAUGAGGGCUCCCUGGAGCUGUCUGCUGAUGACGUGAGCAGGGACAGUACUUUUGACUCUGAUUCUGAUGCGUUCUCUUCCCCCUUUUGCCUUUCUCCCAUCAGUGAAGCCCUUGGGAAAAGCAGUAGUUCUGUGUUCCUGGAUAAUGAAAGCAGGCUCAUGAUCGCAGAGUUGAUGCUGAUUCAAAGCCCUGUCCCUGAUCAUGAACUUGCUGUUACGGCCCAAGGUACCUGUCUUAGACGUUUCAGGCAGCUGAUGCAGCCACAAGCUAUUUCACCUUGCUGGAAAGAAAAGGGACCUGGAAGGGACACGUGUGACAAUCACUUGACCUGCUCCACCAGCUCUGCCUCCAGCCUCGACACCAGUGCCCAGUUCCAGGACAAUAACGGGCAAACACAGAGCACCAGAUGGGAUGAACAGCAGAAAGUAUUUGCCCUUGAGCAGGUCUGUGGUGUCUUCAGAGUGGACCUGGGACAAAUGAGAUCCCUUCGCCUCUUCUUCAGCGAUGAGGCUUGUACCUGUGGACAACUGGUUGUUGCGAGCAGGGAGAGCCAGUACAAGAUCUUCCAUUUUCAUCAUGGUGGCCUGGAUAAGCUGUCCGAGGUGUUUCAACAAUGGAAGUACUGCACAGAGACCCACCUCAAGGACCAGCAGCUUACAGACGAGAGGACGUGUAUGCAGUUCUCCAUCCGCCGCCCCAAGCUGCCCUCCUCGGAAACCCACCCAGAGGAGAACACCUACAAGCGCCUUGAUGUGUCUGCCUGGCUCCAUCACCUGAAUGAAUCUGGACAGGUGGAAGAGGAGUACAAGCUGCAGAAGGCCAUUUUCUUUGGUGGGAUUGAUAUUUCCAUCCGUGGGGAGGUGUGGCCCUUCCUGCUGCACUACUACAGCUAUGAGUCCACCUCUGAAGAGAGGGAGGCACUGAGACUGCAGAAGAGGAAAGAAUACUUUGAGAUCCAGGAGAAAAGGCUCUCCAUGACUGCAGAGGAACAGAAGGACUUCUGGCGUAAAGUACAGUUCACAGUGGAUAAAGACGUGGUGAGGACCGACCGCAGCAACCAGUUCUUUCGAGGGGAGAACAACCCAAAUGUGGAAACUAUGAGGAGGAUCUUGCUGAACUAUGCAGUAUUUAACCCAACAAUUGGCUACUCCCAGGGGAUGUCUGACCUGGUUGCCCCACUUCUGGCAGAGGUUCUAGAUGAGUCGGAUACUUUCUGGUGCUUUGUAGGACUGAUGCAGAACACAAUCUUCAUCAGCUCACCCCGGGAUGAGGACAUGGAGAAGCAGCUGAUGUACCUGCGAGAGCUGCUGCGCCUCAUGCACCCACGCUUCUAUCAGCACCUUUCUUCCCUGGGAGAGGAUGGGCUGCAGAUGCUUUUCUGUCACCGCUGGAUCCUCCUCUGCUUCAAACGGGAAUUCCCAGAGGCAGAGGCGCUGCGCAUCUGGGAAGCAUGCUGGGCUCACUACCAGACAGACUAUUUCCACCUCUUUAUCUGUGUGGCCAUUGUGGUGAUUUAUGGGGACGAUGUGAUUGAACAACAGCUGGCCACUGACCAGAUGCUGCUGCAUUUCAGCAACCUGGCUAUGCACAUGAAUGGAGAACUUGUACUCAGGAAGGCGAGGAGUCUGCUCUACCAGUUCCACCUGCUGCCCCGCAUCCCCUGCAGCCUGCAUGACCUGUGCAAGCUGUGUGGGACAGGAAUGUGGGACAGUGGCUUCAUCCCUGCUGUGGAGUGCUCUGGCCAUCACCCUGAGUCUGAGAGCUGUCCGUAUGGGGGACUGGUGGAAGUGUCUUCUCCCAAACCAGGAAGUGAAGGCAAGAGAAGCUUGAAAACACGGGACGUCUUUGCUUUCCGAAAAUAGCUGUGGAGGAACAGGGUGUGCAGAGGAAGAGGGAAGGGCAGGAAGGAUGUGCAUAGGAAUAAAUGUCGAAGACAAAAAUGGAGGGGGGUCUUGUUGAAACUCCUGAGAACACUGAAAGGUGGAGAAUGGAAAAGGAAUUAAAUCCCUCUACAGGAGAAGCAAAUUCCAGUGCACUGGCACUGGAACCUGAACAAGAUGCAUCAAACCAGGAACAGUGUUUGCAAGUGUUUGGAUUUGAUUUUGUUAGAAACAUGCUUUUUUUAGGUCUUAACAAGGAGUUUUUAUUCUGCCUCUGGGACUGGACUGGUUCACAACCAGAACUUUGCUACUUGCUGAUAAGAAAUGAGAACACUAAAGAGAGCCAAGUGCAACCAGCAGCGUUUGUGGGUCAGGCAGAAGGAGCAGCGGCAAGGCCGGCCUCUGUGAUGUCCCUUCAUCCAGAGCACACCACACACAUGUGCUUUGCUUCAACCAAAACGUGCAGCUUUGUGGCUUCUCUCAAAAGCCACAAAGACAAUUUUAAUUAUAAUCUGCCAAAAAUAAAAGUGCAGACUAUUGGGAUUGCAGGGAAGGUGUCUGCUUUGUGGGUGGGGAAGAGCUGGUCACCUAAAGGUCUUGUCUCUUGCCUGUUUGUUGUUUUAUAUGGUGUUCUGCCAGGCGUGAUUCUUUUAUCUCCCAUUUGUACAGGAUAUGUACUGCCACACACAGCACUGCUUUUCUGUAGUCAGGGUUUUCAUGGACAGCUUUCAGAGUUUACUUCAUGACAUUACAGCAAAGCUGUUUCUUUAUGCUGACAACUACAGACUUUCAACACUUGCUUAUGGAAAUCUGUUGUUUCCAGUAUGUUUCCCAUUGUGUUUCCUUUGGCUCUUCCUGAUUACUGAUUAUUUACUGCCCUUACCUGUCCUUGCCAUAGGCUGCAGCACAUACACUCUAAGUGGGCUUUGGGCUCCUCACUUGGUGCCAUUUAUGCACCUGCUUCCCCUGCCCAAAGUGAAAAUGAAACUUGGUUUGUUUUUGCUGAGCUCUGUCUCUGAUAGAGAUUUCCUUGGGUGUUUCUGAAAGGACAGCACGUUUCUCCUCUCGUCUUCUGUAAGUGGAGCUGGGGCCUGGAGCACAGACGUGGUGCCAAACAUCCUUCCCAAAUUCAGUGACAUCCAAAGGUGUGUCCUGAGCCAGUGCAAAUGGAGCCAGGGAAAGAGUCUUGUUGUAAGAAUGAAAAGGAGACGAGGUGAGAGUGGACUGUGCUGGUUUGCUGCAUCCCUCUGCAUGGUGUGUGAGGCCUUGCAGCCUUUCCUGGUUGCCUUGCACCCUCAUAAAAGAGGCUAGCACCUGGGAUGCUUUCUGUGAAACCAAAAGCAUGCUGUGUUAGUAAGGGGGAGAUGACUUGACCCGGUGCAGGCACAUGCCAAAGACAGGCUGUUGUGUGGCAGGACAGUUUGGCUUCUGAUUUGUGUGCCUUUAAUUCAGAGGCUGAAAACCUUCCCUUUGAGUAGAGCAAUGAUGAAACCUGCUGCAGCAUGGCACAUGUUCAGAACGGCCCAGCAUCGAGAGGUGCCGAGGCUGCAGGAUGUGCUGGGGUUGUAGGAGGUGACACCUCAUAUAAGGGCUGGUGGCUGCUUUGCUGCAAAGUGGGGGGUUCUUUCAGAUUCAUGAUGUUCCAUCAUAUGACAAUAAAGGCCUGUGUGAGGCGUUUGUGUGGUA